ACUUUUUUUAUAUUCUUCAGUGACUUUGGGUUUAGCCGCAAAGGUGAAAGUAAAGAAUGCAAAGUGAGUGCGGAUGUUGACCCCUCACACCUGGACAUCUGCAUUAAUGGAAACGAGGAGAAGAUCAAUACUUGGGGAUAUCGUAAAAUUCCUGGAGAUAUGUGCGUAAAUGGUUUUCAGCCAGUCAGAAGCAUGGACACACUUCAGCAGCAGUGCACAAGUGGUCUGGAGUCUAACUUGUCUGUGGAGCAGUUAGAUGGCCAUCAGGUAAAGACAUGGACAAUUGUCAUGAUUCUGCUGGCAGUUGCUUUCUUUUCUGGAAUUCUUGUUUUCUUGCUGUACAGGCACAACAAACUCCCCUGCACCAGACCAAGCUUGGCAUCAUACCGCUACUCACAGCUUAGUGAUGGAGACAAUUUGGAUAAGAUGAUUGACUUGGAAUCUCAUCCAACAUAUCAUGACUCCUCCGAUGAGGAAAUCUUAGAGUAAACGAGGACAGUAGAAGGCAGAGCUUGAAGAUAAAGUAAGAGGUAAUACACUCACAAGUCUUCCUUUAAUUACAUUGGAGAAGAAGUAUGGAUACCAGGCAAACUAAAGUAUAUAUGUUUGAUGUGUUAAGUUGCAUUUUGAGCUACUCUUUCAUUUUUAAAGAUCGCUUUAAUGAGAGUAACACUGUAGCCCAUUAGUCCCUGUUCUGCCCCAAAGUGCCCUACCUGUAUUUCUUCUACCACCCAAAAUCGCCCCAGCACUCAAUGGUUUUCAUCAAGGAGUAAAUAACAGUGUAGUACAAGUGUUAAAGGGAAUAUACAUCAUUUGCUUUUGCUGUAAUUUUCAGAAAUGGAUGGAAUUGGGGGGUUGGAAAUAUAUAGCAAAUAUAGUUACACUGACUUU